AUGAGCGCGAAGACUGAGCGAGACAAGAGGAAAGAGCAACGGCUCAAGGAGCUGCAGGACAAAAAGGAUCGACUGCGUCGCCUCAAGGAGAAGAAUCAAACUGAAUUUGCUCCCAAGGAGGCGGGCGUGCUCGACCUCACGUCGAUCAGCAACGUGCAGGACCUGCUCAAGACCCUCGAAGAGACCACCAUCGUCCCCAAAACAACCCCCGACGACGGAGACGAUGACACGCAGCUCACCGGCGCCACGGAGGCGGCGAGCCCGCGCCGAGCCUCGCCGGAACCCGCCGCCCUGUCUCCGCGGCACACCACCACUUCGUCAGCCGGCGCGGCCCAUACCACCGUCAGGCCCCAGCAGCUGUCCAUUCAGCUCAACGUCGUCGCGCACGACAUCGCUCCCAAGGAUGUGGAGGUGUACUCGCGAGGCAUGCAGACCGAGGAGACCUGGACCGGCGAAGGCAACGAGGAGAUCGGCGUGGAGGAGGGCGCGGGCGACGUUGCGGAGAAGCAGGUCGUGCGCAAGGGCAAGCGGAGCGGCACCGUGGCCGGUGUGAACACCGUCUCCACCUCCACCGACACCUCGGCUGGCCCGGGCGAGGAGGAGGGCGAAGAUGAGGAGCGAUCGACCAAGGUGACCGGCCCACCGCCACCGCCUGAGCUGAACGAGAUCGAGAGAGGCGAGAUCGUGCAGUCGGCGGACUUUGGGCACUUCUUCAACAAGGCCACGCGCACCAUGGAGCGGGCCAUCUACCUGGCCGACAAGUUCAACCUCACCCGCGACUUUGUCGACGACGAUCGACGCUCCGCCAGCGGAGAUUUCGAUGUGGGCCAGAAGGUGCGACACCAGAUGACCCUGUUCGACGAGUCGGACAUGGACCUGAUCGCGGUGUCGUAUUCGGCCAACGAGACCGGCAUCUCCGAGGAACCCGAUGGCUGUGUGUGCGUUUGGUCGCUCCAGAACACGCUCCAGCGGCCCGAGUCCGUCCUCCAGUGCCAGUCUCCCGUGCUCUCCACCAUUUUCGCCAAGUACCAGCCCAACAUCGUCAUUGGCGGAACCUACUCCGGCCAGAUCGUGCUCUGGGAUCGGCGGGCUUCGCGUAAGACGCCGAUCCAGCGCACGCCGCUGUCGUCGAUCGGUCACACGCAUCCGGUCUACUCGCUCGCGGUGCUGGGCACUCAGAACGCCAACAACCUGGUCACCGUCUCGACGGACGGCCGCAUGUGCGUGUGGGCCUUCGAGUCUCUCCACCAGCCGCUCGAAGUGCUCGAACUGCGCAACAAACAGAGCAAGUCCGUGACGGGUGGCGGUAACGUGGCGCCCACGUGCAUGGCCUUCUCGGAGGGAGAGGUCAACGAAUUCUUCGUCGGCAGCGAAGAGGCCACCGUCUACCAGGCCUACCGCCACGGCACGAAGAGCGGAGUGUACGAGCAGUACAGCGGGCACAGGGGACCCAUCACGGCCCUAGACUUUCACCCGGCCCACGGCCCCGUGGACUUCUCCGACUACUUCCUCACCUCCUCCGUCGACUGGUCCGUCAAGCUCUGGAACAAAAAGAACACUUUCCCGCUGCACUCGUUCGAGGACGUGGGCGAGUACGUCUACGACGUGGCCUGGUCGCCCGUCCACCCGGCCCUGUUCGCGUCGGCCGAUGGCACCGGCAGCUUGUGCCUGUGGAACCUCAACGAGGACCCCGAGACGCCGUAUGCUCGCACGGCCGUGGGUACGGGCAAGGCGCUCAACAGCCUCAGCUGGGCGCCUUCGGGCAAGAAGAUCAUCUGCGGCGACGCCACCGGCUCUGUUUACGUCUACGACAUCUCCGAGAUUGCUUCGCCCAGCGCCCAGGAGUGGGACAGGCUGGAGUCCAGCCUGAAGGACCUCGCCUACUCGUCGGCAGCGACCCACGCACGCGAGUCCGAAGACGCUGACUUCAUCUAA